UCGAACUUUUGUUAUAUUUAAUUUUAUUGGUUCAUUUUUUCCGUUUCCAUAGUAUUAUCCUAUCGAAUUACGUUUUACGAUUUUAGUAGUUACAUGUGAGAAUUUUUGAGUUUGUAAGAUCUCUUUCCCCAGUAAUGAAGUUUUGAUGAAAAAUGAGUGAAUCUGAAAGCAUCUUACAAGCAAGAAUUCAUUAUUAUGCUAGAGAAAAGUUUUAUCAUGCAAUGGAACAAGCUGCCUUAAAUGGAUUAAAGAAAUAUCCUGGAGAUGCAGUUUAUAGAUUUUAUUAUGGUUUAUCUCUAGUCCUUGAAGAAAGAGUUCAAGAAGGAAUAAGAGAAUUAGAUUCUAUUCAAGAUAACAAUGAUGUUAUCCUUGGAAGCGUACUUGCAAUGAUUUACGCGCAUAGAAAAUGCAAAGUGGUUGAUAGAGAAGCAGUCAAUCACCUCGAUAAUAAAUUAAAGGAAAAACGCAAACAAGCGAGCGAUAAAGGCUUAUAUUACGCCGGUGUCUUCCUUUCGUUUGCUGGGCGGCAUGACAAAGCUAAAGACUAUGUUGAUCGAAUGUUAAAGAUUGUGCCAAACUCAAAAGAAGGGUUAUUAAUGAAAGGAUGGAUAGAGAUCGCACUCGCUAAAGGAAAAACUACUUUAAAUAUAAUCAGCUAUUUUGAAAGAGCCGGAAAUGAUCCGGAUGCUUUAUUCGGUAAAAGUAAAUGCCUAGAAAGGGAUGGAAAUUUAGCUAAAGCCCUUGAAAUAUUAAAUCAAGCAGUUGUUAUCUUUCCUAGAUUCGUUCCUGCCCUUAUUGAGAAAAUGAAGAUUCAGUUAAGCAUGAAGGAUUGGGAUCAAGCUCUCGAUUCUGCUAAUAGAAUAUUAAGUCAAGAGAAAAAUAAUAUCGAAGCUCAGCGUUACCUUAUACUUUAUUCCUUAUGUAGAGAAGGUGAUCACAAUCAAGCAGCUGAAAAAUUAGUAGAAUUGCUUCAUAUAUUUGAUAUUUCUGAACCGAAAAAUGCUCUUCUUCGUUACGAAAGUGCUCGAUUGUUUUCCAAAAUCUGCGGCAGACAAAAUAAAAUAUUACAGCACACUUAUGCAUUAGCAGAAAAGGCAGCUGAUCUCGAUACUUUAAAUGCUGAUUAUGUUACGGAAUUGGGACAUCAAUGCUUAUUUCAAGGGAAACUUCGAGAAUCUAUGAAAUUCUAUCGUAAUGCAAGUAAGUUAGAUGAGAGUAGUGUCGAUGCAUUAUUAGGUGUGAUACAUUGUCAAAUAUUAGAAGGGCAAAUGGAAGCAGCUAGCCAACAAUUAGAACUUUUAAAAGAGAUACAUAAAUCUACAGGUUUAACACCGGAGAUGUUAUUUUUAAGUGGAUUUAUAUCUCAGAAAGAAGGAAAAAAUCCUGAAGAAGUAAUGGGAUAUUUAAAUGAAUGUGUAGAUAAGCAUCUUUCUAUUACAGAAAGAAUGCCAUUUAGUUUUAGUUAUUUUGAAUUUCUUGAUCCAGAUUUUCUUCUGUUAAUUUUAGAUAUUUAUUUGCAUUAUGUCCCAGAUCAGCCCAUUACUUCUGGUCAACCAAUGCCUCCAGCUUUAAAACGCUGUCAAAGUAUUUUGCAUUCUGUCAUAUCUGUUUGUCCUGGUUUACAAAAAGCAUCUUUUCUCUUAGGGAAGUUAAAAUACUUAGCAGGAGACAUCCCAGCAGCCCAGGGAAUACUGCAACGUUGCCUGGAGCAAGAUGCUUCUUUCUCAGAUGCUCGCCUGCUCUUGGCACAAAUCUUAUUGCAUCAAGGAAAUUUUCAAAGUGCAAACCAGGCUUUGGAAGUUGCUUUAAGCUAUAAUUUUGAAAUUCGUGAUCAUAUCCAGUUUCAUUUGAUUAAAGCACGAAUUCAGAAAGAACAGAAGCAGUUUGAAGAAGCUUUAAAAACACUUCAAGCUGGUAUGAUUGUUGCAGGAAUUAAAGCAACAAGUGCAAAUAAGAAAAAGCCAAAACAAGAAAUUAGCGUUAACGACAAAGUAUCACUAUACUUAGAAAUAGCUGAUACACAUCGACAGCUGGAUCAACAACAUGAAGCUGCAAAAAUUAUGCAAGAUGCUAUUAAUGAAUUUCAUGGUACACCCGAAGAAGUAAGAAUAACUGUUGCAAAUGCUGAUCUUGCAUUAGCUAGAGGUGAUGUAGAAUUAGCUUUGAAUGUUUUGAGAAAUAUUGGAUCAGAUCAACCAUAUUAUUUACAAGCAAGAGAAAAAAUGGCUGAUAUUUAUUUAAAUCAUCGUAAAGAUAGAAGAUUGUUUGCUAGUUGUUAUAGAGAAGUUGUAGAGAAAUUUCCUACCGUUCAAUCUUACUUAAUGUUAGGUGAUGCUUAUAUGAAUAUUCAGGAGCCAGAAAGAGCAAUUGAAGUUUAUGAACAAGCACUCAAAAAAAAUCCUAGAGACAGUGUCCUUGCUAGAAAAAUUGGGCAAGCUCUAAUAAAAACUCAUCAUUAUGAAAAAGCUGUAACAUAUUAUAAAGCAGCAAUAAAAACAAGUGGUCAAAUUAUGUUACGACAUGAUCUUGCUCAUCUUUUGUUUCGUAUGAAGCGAUACAAAGAAGCACAAGAUAUAAUUACUAAUGUAUUAGAAACUGAACAACAGUCUAAUGACUUGUCUUGGUUAGAAUGGGAAGCUAAAUUUCUUUUAUUGUUAGCUCAGAUUCAUCAGAAUACUAAAGCAGAAGACCGAGCAAUUCCUUAUUUACAAAGAGCUUGGGAGGUGCAGACUAGGGUCAUGCGUCGUGUAACAGUUGAACAGCCAGAUACGGUUAUGGAACAGAAACAACUGAUCAUAAAAAUAUGCCAUCAGUUAGCUGAACAUUGGUCUAGUAAAAAAGAUUUUAAUCAGGCAAUGAAAUAUUAUAAAGAAGCUUUAGCUUAUGAUAAUGAUAAUACAGAACUUUUAUUAGCGUUAGCAAAAUUGGAGAUGUCAGCUAAUAAUUUAGAAGCAGCGCGUCAAUACUGCACUACCAUUUUAAAAAAUGAUAAGGAAAAUGAUGGUGCUACAUUAAUGAUGGCUGAUUUAAUGUUCAGGAAAACAGACUUAGAAUCAGCAAUGUUUCAUUUUCAGCAGCUUUUAGAUAGAAAACCAAAUUAUUAUUCUGCUCUUGCAAGAUACGUUGAAUGCGUGCGAAGAUUGGGUAAAUUAGAAGAUGUGCCACAAUAUUUAAAUAAAGCGGAACAAUUUUCAUUUAGAUCAUCAAUGGAUCCUGGCUUUCACUAUUGUAAAGGUUUAUAUGAAUGGUACAUUGGAAAUACUACUGGUGCCAUGAAGUGCUUCAACAAAGCUCGAUAUGAUUCCGAGUGGGGACAAAUUGCUACAUAUCAUAUGAUUGAAAUUUGUGUAAAUCCAGAUAAUGAGACUCUAGGUGGAGAAACAUUUGAAUCAAAUACUGCUGAUUACGAUGAAAUUGAUUCACAAGAAGCUGCAGUGAGAACAGCAGAAAAACUCUUAAAUGAACUGAAAUCGAAGACCGGAUACUCCAACUUGGAUUACCGCAUUAUGAGCAACUUUGUUCUGUUAGCUAGGAAACAAAAACACGAUGCUGAAAUUGCCUUGAACAAUCUAAUGCAGAUUGCAUCUGAAGAGAAAGACAAAGAACAUGUUGGAUUAGUUCUUGGAAUGGCAACUGCUUAUAUGAUUCUUAAGCAAACUCCUCGUGCUCGUAAUCAGUUAAAACGAGUAGCCAAAAAUACUUGGAAUUUUACCGAUGCAGAAUAUCUGGAAAAGUGUUGGUUACUCUUGGCCGAUAUCUUCAUACAAUCUGGAAAAUAUGACAUGUCCAUGGAAUUAUUGAAACGAAUUUUGCAGUAUAACAAAUCAUCCACUAAAGCAUAUGAAUACAUGGGCUUCAUUAUGGAGAAAGAACAAAGCUUCAAGGAUGCAGCUCAUUAUUAUGAAAUGACAUGGAAACAGGGUAAUCACAGCAAUCCAACAAUUGGUUACAAAUUGGCUUUUAAUUACAUGAAAGCUAAGCGUUAUGUUGAUGCAAUAGAUGUGUGCCUCGCAGUUCUUGCUAAAUACCCAAAUUAUCCAAAAAUCCGUAAAGAAAUUUUAGAAAAGUCACGAUCAAAUUUAAGAAUAUAACAAUUUUUUACACUUUCAUCUAAGUAUAUUUUAUUUUGCUAUAGAAGAAUGAGGAGAUUGGACAGAAUGAAGUCGAGAUCAGGAGCAGUUGUUCUAUAAUGAGAUUAAAAAAAGAAGAGAUAGAACAAGAAAUUGAUCCAUGCAGGAAAACAUACAAGAGUUUGAUUUAAGAGAGGACAAAGAAGAUUCAAAGAAGAGACAGAAGAGAGGUAGGAUUAGGCAUAAAACAAAUGUGUUAAUGAAAAAUAUAUUCAUCAGAAUCUACUUAUCACUAUUGCAUUUAAUCUUUGAUUCUGUUACAUAAAAAUAUUUAUAAGUUAGAAUCAAACAUAACAUUUAGUAUUUAAAUACUCCAUUGUGAAUGAAAAUUUACAUUGGAAUGUUUUAAAGUCAUUUCUAAUCACACAUUUAUAUAUUUCACAAGACUUUCUGUUAUUAAUAUGGUGCAAAAUUUCAUUCAGACACUCCAAAAUUUCUUCUUAAAAUCAAUUUUGUAGAAUAUAUGAAAUUAAUAUAUGUAGUAUAACUUUUGUACUGAAUGAUUGUAAUUAAAGUACAGAAUGAUUUCUAAUUCACACAAAACUUUAAACUUUAAUAACUUUUCACCUGAAUGAGAUAGAAAUAAAAUUCAAGAAAUAAUAUAUAUAUAAAUUCAAUUAUUAAAACCAAUGGGAUCGGUGAUAAUAUUAACACACUAAAAAUAAAAAAUUUUUAGUGUGUUAAAUAAUAUAUACUAUAAUGUUUACAUUUUUGAUGUCAAUGAUUGAUUAAUGUUAACAGUCAUUUUCAAAAUGGUGGCACUUACUUUAGAACAUGUAUUUAUUGUAAAGAAUCAUUAUCAAACAUCUAAUUCUCCAAUUGAUAUGCCAUUAGUAUACUAAUUGGUGUGCUAUCAGAGUUAUUGGACCAUUUGUCUUCGAAAAGAACAUUACUUCUGCUGCAUAUGUUGAAUUAUUGGAAAAGAAGUUUUAUCCCAAAAUGUUUAUUGGGCAUAAAUAUCAUUGUGCUUAGUUUAUACAAGGCUUGAAUUAAAAAUCACUCUCUACACUUAUUUAAUGCUAUGUAGAGAGAGAUUUAGUGGUCCAAAUGGAACCAAAUCUGCUAAAGACAUUUCAGGACAU